AUGAGCGGCACUGAGGAAGCCCCCCGGGGCGGUGCAGCGGUCGACCGUGGGGGGGGCGAUAGCAUACGUGGUGUGCAUGGCGGUGUGCUUGGCGGUGUGGAUGGCAUACGAGGUGUGCUUGGCGGCGUGAAUGGCGGUGUGCUUGGCGGCGUACAUGGCGAUGCACGAAGCGAUCUGCAUGACGAUGUGCACGUGACAUCCCUGGGAGGAGAGGGCAGCCAAAGCCAAGGUGCACACACAGAGGUGAAGCUUGACGGGGUGGAGGGCCAGGACAGAGAGGGGGGCGGCCUUCCCGAUGGAAUCAGCCCUGUAACGCAGCCGCAGGUGCAGGUGCAGCCAUGUUGGCCCCCGGAAGUUCCCAAUGGGGACACUCCCAACGAAGCCACUCUCAACGAAGCGACUCCCAAUGGGGCCACUCCCAACGAAGCCACUCUCAACGAAGCGACUCCCAAUGGGGCCACUCCCAACGAGGGGUGCGAAGGCACAGCCGAGCCAAGAGCGGACUACGCCACGGAGACGAUAGCAAACGCGAAGGAGAUCCUGCGAAACAGCAACCAGUACGUGAUGAGGGAGCCCAAGUUGGAGGCGGAUGAGCUGAAUGGCCUCGAGGAGAUUUUGCACAGCAAGGAUGGCGAGGUGGCCUCCGUCGUGGGAGGUACCAUCGGGGGAGGAACACUCGGGGGAGUGGAAACGGAUGGUCACGCCCCCGCGAGCGAGCCGAACGACGCAAACAUGACGGCGCUGUUGGGAAAGGGCAACUCGUCCCUGCCAUUCAUCCUCAAGGGAAUCUCGGAGACCCUAAACCACAUCCUCACAGAGGACAAAAUGAAAAACAGAAAUAAAAAUAAGCUCAUACAAGUGGUGCAAAACGCACACAUGCUCCUCAGAUCAAAAUACAAUUUGGUCCUGAAAUGUGACUCCAAUUUGGCCACCAUUGUAAAAAAAAUUAAGAGGCUUUAUAGGCUCUACAGAAAGUUGGAUGUCCCUGCAGGCAUGUCUAGGAGGGUGCCCACGUCUGUUGGGGUGGUUGGUACAGAUGUACUGCCCGUUGGACGUAUCGCUCGGGGUGAGCGGCAGCCAGUUGGGGGUGCUCCUACACAAGGUAAUGCCAACACGAGUGCCUCUAACAAUGGGGGGGAAAAGGAGGUGCGCAGAAACGACCCUUCAAGUGAUGCUUCGUCAGUUGGGUGCAGACGCAGUUGGAACGUUGGGGGGGGAGAGGGAAAUGAAGAGGCGCUGCAGUCGACGCUGCAGGAGAAGCUGCUCAAUGGGGGGCCGCUACAGGAGGCCCCUCUCCAUGAGGUAGCCCCCCCUGCAAUGGUAACUCCCAACGAGGCACUCCCACACGCCCGUCAUGACACAACCACGGUGGAGGGCUUCCCCCAAGGAGACACAAAAGAAGAUGGCAACUGCGAUGGGAAGGAGGACCACCCCCUGGGUGCAAAACAAUUAAGCUAUUCAUUCGUUAAGGGUGAUGAGGGGCGAAGUUAUAAAAACCUCACGAGCAUUGAUUCCAAGUCGACGGCCAUGUCCACCCACAAGGAGGACACGGGGUCGUCAGUCACGACGGAGGGGAGGGGAAAAAAAAUAAAACCGCAGCGGGGGCGAACAGGGGGGGGUGCGGCGAAAGCGGCAAAUGCGGCGAGCGCGGUGAGCGCGGCGGACGAGGCAGAAAUGCACCCCGCUCGCAAUCAACACUGCGGACACCCCACUUCCACUGCACACUACGGACACCCCGCGCGGAGCCCAACGAAGGAACGAAACAAGAACAAAAAAAAAAAGGAACGGGAAAAAAAGAGAAUCCUCCACGAGCUGAGCAAGCUGAACGCCCUGUUCUUCUUCACGUUCAACCACAAGGGGGACAUUAUAAAUUACCUGCACCGGGAGAUAAGCUCGAGCAUUUCGGAGUUCGACGCGGCGUACCAGCUGUACGUCUCCAAGUAG